AACACAAAUUUCUGCACCUGUCACCCACAAAACACAAAAUAACACACAAGCAAAAUGUCUUAGCUUCCGAGCAACAAAUCUCGAGUUUCUUUCUGAAUUUCUUUGAUCGAUAAGCAUAUUAUUAUUAUUUUUGCUUUGUUCCCUCUUCUAUUCAAUCGGAGAGACACAACAACAGUAUCGAGAAAUUGUCGUUCGGUUGCAAAUUACAGACGACGUGCGUGGGAACAUUUUAUCUGCGGGAAAUUUACAAAAUCCUGAGGCGUUUCGAUCAUUAUAUCAAUGACUGAAAUUGGUGCACAUAAAUGGAGGCUUAUGAGUUUUGUGACGAUGAUGCUGAUGAACUUUGUGUUCGCUUCGAUGUUAGCUUCCGCGGAAAGAAACGAAAUGACGGAAGAUGUGUCCGCAGUUGCAAGCUAUGGCGAUGGCGAUGGCGAUAGCGAUGAAUCGAAAAUGGAGUAUUUCAUGAAGUUGACGAACUAUUUGUUCGAAACAGAUGGAUCGGGUUAUCACCAUGUCUGGCCUGAAAUGAAACUUGGUUGGAAAAUAGUUCUUGGUAGCAUCAUUGGAUUUUGUGGAGCAGCAUUUGGGAGCGUAGGUGGAGUUGGAGGCGGGGGUAUUUUCGUCCCAAUGCUUACCCUAAUUAUCGGUUUUGAUCCUAAAUCCGCCACCGCAAUUUCAAAAUGCAUGAUUAUGGGAGCAGCCGCCUCGACUGUGUACUAUAAUCUAAAGCUGAGGCAUCCAACACUUGACAUGCCAAUAAUUGACUAUGACCUGGCACUUCUAAUCCAACCAAUGUUGAUGUUAGGAAUUAGUAUUGGAGUGGCAUUUAAUGUAAUUUUUGCAGAUUGGAUGGUCACUAUUCUUCUAAUUGUUCUUUUCAUAGCCACAUCAAGCAAGGCCUUCUGUAGAGGUGUUGAUACAUGGAAAAAAGAAACCAUCAUGAAAAAGGAGGCUGCUAGGCGUUUGGAGAAUGGCAGCCAGGCAGAAUACAAGAUUCUUCCUGGUGGUCCCAACAAACCCGAUCGACCAAAAAAAGAAGAGGUCUCUGUCUUCGAAAAUGUUUGUUGGAAAGAACUUGCGCUUCUUGUCUUUGUUUGGAUUGCAUUUCUUGCUCUCCAACUUGCGAAGAAUUAUACAUCUAAUUGUUCAACAUGGUAUUGGGUGCUCAACUUAUCACAGAUUCCAAUUUCUUUUGGUGUAUCGGGGUACGAGGCAAUUAGCCUAUACAGAGGAACAAGAAUUAUAUCCUCUAAGGGAGACUCCACCAAUCUUACCAUAGGACAGUUGGUAUUGUAUCUCACAUGUGGUGUUUUAGCUGGUAUGGUUGGUGGAUUACUUGGUUUAGGUGGAGGUUUUAUUAUGGGCCCACUUUUUUUGGAGCUUGGUGUACCUCCUCAGGUUUCAAGUGCAACUGCCACGUUUGCAAUGACAUUUUCGUCCUCGAUGUCUGUUGUGGAAUAUUACCUUCUAAAGCGUUUCCCUGUUCCUUAUGCACUUUAUUUUCUUCUUGUGGCAACAAUUGCUGCUUUUGUGGGGCAACAUGUGGUGAGAAAGCUGAUUAUGAUAAUGGGAAGGGCGUCGCUAAUUAUAUUCAUUCUCGCUUUCACUAUAUUCGUUAGUGCAAUAUCAUUAGGUGGAGUUGGAAUUUCUAACAUGAUUUGGAAAAUCGGGCGACAUGAAUACAUGGGAUUCGAGAAUCUAUGCAAGUAUAACGUUUCAAAUUAGAUUGAAGACUUUUGGGUUGUGGAAAUUGACGUUGAAGUUGGGUUGUGGAAGUCAGAUGUUGAUACAACGUUGUUUUGUUGAAAGUGUUUUUAAGUGUGUUUAUGUGUUUAUUUGUAUGUAAUUUUAGGACUUUGAUUUAAGGUGCUUUAAGUUUAUGUCGUUAAGAAUAAAAUGAUGAGAUUCAUAAAGCAAAAUUAAAGGUUAAAAAAGGCUGAUUCUCUUGAA